UGGAAGGCAAAGCUUGACCAAUCCAAGCUACAAUUGAAUAGAAAAAUGGGAGUGAUUAGAAACCUUAAACAACAGUUAGGGAUCAAAGAUGAGCAAAUCAAUCGUUUCAAAGAUUUGCUUGAAGUCGGUCAAAGAAAAGAUCUGUGAAAAGAAAAAUAGCGCAGAAUUAAAGAAACUCAUGAUUCUGGCUAAUAAGAGUGCAAAGAACGCACCCUCUGCUCCGAAGAUAGGUUCUGAAUCAGGACCUAUCUCUAUGAUAGUCCUGGAAGAUAGAGAUCAUUGUGAACAUUGAUGUAUAGACAAACAUCAUAGAUGUUUCCUUGAGAAGUACUUUGAUAAGUACUACGAUCUUGCUGAGAAGUUAGAACAACUCCUUGUCUGUCCAAUCAGUUAUGAAAUAGUUAGACAUCCAGCUAUAACUCCUUCAGGAAAUCUUAUUGACUCUAAAGUCCUUGAGAGGUUAAUAAAAGAGAAGAAACCAGACCCUUUCAACCGUAACCUUUCUCUCGACUUCCUAAUCACAGACAGGUUCGCCAUCGAAGUGAUGAAACUCAUCUACUAGCCCACCCCAAUAAUUAUCCACUCUCUUAUCAAUACCCCCUCUCUAUCCCAUAAUUCCCCUUCUGGCACCCACUUCUCUGCCUCAGGCUGUUCUUCAGCCCCGAACAAAGCUUGGGGCUGCUGGUUUAGGGAUUCUCGUGAAGAAGGUAAUUUUAGGUAAGGACUAGUGGAAGAAGGGAUGAAGGGAGGAGUCAAGAGGGGGGUCGGGUAAGGAGAGAGGGGUUUUGGGGGUUUGGGAUUUGUAUUUGAAAAAAGUUAUUUUGG